AUGGGGAGACCAAAUAGGACCCCACAGACCGGGAAGACCCCAGAGCCCAAAAAGGGACAGCUCACCUCGUCCCUGCGCCAGUUCCUGGUGACCCCCGCAGACUUUGCGACACAGCCGCAUGGCGCCGACGGAUCAAUGGCGUCGGAGGAGUCCGCGCCUUCCUCACCGGCAUCAGACAUGCUCACGGGCGGCACAGAACGGCCCCCUUGGUUAGACCUCCUGAGAGCACUGCCCACCAAAGAAGAUCUCCGCUUGGCCACCUCAGACCUGGGAGCUACAAUCAGGCAGGACAUCCAGGCACUGAGGGCUGACAUGCAGGGCCUGUCAGACCGCGUGGGCCACAUAGAGGCAGCCUGUGACAGCCUGAGGGAAGCACAGAAUACAUUAGCAGAGGCUGCAGACACCUCAGAACAGGUACGUGGCAUGGCCCUACAUAUUGAGGACCUGGACAACAUGGGGCACCGCAAUAACUUAAGACUGCGCGGCCUCCCUGAAACGGAGGACUCCCCCCAGCAGCUACAAGAAAUCCUCCUGGAAAUAUUAAAUGGGAUCCUAGGCCGAGACCACCAG